CAGCGUCCCCGUGAGCCCCACGGCUCGCCCUCCCGGGGGCUCCGGCCCCGUCUCCCGCACGCGGGAAGUCUUCCUGCCCGGGAGGAGCCCCCGAGAUGGCGCAGGGAGGUGUCCCUGGAGUGGGCAGCGCGAGGCCUCCACGCCCGGGAGGAGGAAGAAGGAGCGGGCUUCCCCGACCCAAUCACGCUGGCCUGGCGGAGCAAUAACCAUCGCAACGACCAUUGCACCCGACGGCCGAGCUUCAAUGAACGGCUCUACAAAGUGCUUUCGCCCACCGUCAUCACCGCGCUGUUUACAAAGUUUCCACCUGCUCCCCAGGGAGGUGUCAGUAGCCCCGCUUUACAGGGGAACAAGGGCCCAGAAGAGGCUGGAGGACUUGUCAGCAGAAGUGGGCCUUCAGGUUCCAAAUGGGAACCCCAAAGAGGCCCUCGCUAGCUCCUGCACACGCCCGAGGCGUGAGGAAGUCUGAGUCCAGCAUCCGGAGCCUGGGGAGCGACGCGGGAGGAAGGCGGUGGCGACCAGCAGCCCAGAGCAUGUUCCAGAUCCCAGAGUUUGAGCCGAGUGAGCAGGAAGACUGCAGCUCUGCAGAAAGGAGCCUGGGGCCUGUCCUGGCUGGGGACCAGUCAGGUCUCUGCCCGGCCCCAGGUCUCCUAGGGGACACCAGUCACCAGCAGAGGGGUGCGACCAACAGCAGCCAUCAUGGAGGCGCUGGGGCUGAGACCCGGAGUCGUCACAGUUCGUACCCCGCGGGGACGGACGAGGAUGAAAGGAUCGAGGAGGAACUCAGCCCCUUCCGGGGCCGCUCGCGCUCGGCUCCCCCCAACCUCUGGGCCGCACAGCGCUACGGCCGCGAGCUCCGGAGGAUGAGUGACGAGUUCCAGGGCUCCUUCAAGGGCCUUCCUCGCCCAAAGAGCGCGGGCACGGCGACACAGAUGCGGCAAAGCUCCAGCUGGACGCGAAUCUUCCAGUCCUGGUGGGAUCGAAACUUGGGGAAAGGAGGCUCCGCCCCCUCUUAAUGACCCUCGGUCCCACGUUCCCGGAACUCAUCCCCCAGCUCCCGUCGCCUGCCAUAUUCGAUGUGGGCGGAAGUCUUGUGCAGAAAGAGGAUCAUAUCCAUUUAGCCGGGAGAUCAGACCUACAGCCUGACUGCUUUCUGGUGCAUGCCAUAGCCACGGAGGAGUGGCUCUCGUCGGAAGUUUUAAAGUUUUCCCAGCCACAGUUACCGGAAGUGGCCCUAUGUCCCCUCCUUCCCUCCAGUACUGGGCCACCCCCAGGCGCCUGCGCCCUGUUGCCAGCCCUGCUUAACCGUAACUUGCCCAGAGCCGAGCGGUGGGCCAGGGGUCGCGACGAACGUGCUUUAUAAUAAAGCCCAGGCCUGUGCCGCC